AGCAUGGCAGCUCCUGGUAAUAAGUCUGUGACAUUUAUCCUGAGUGGGAUUCCGGAACUGGGGAAUAAUCAGUACAUAAUUGCCUUUCCUCUGUGUCUCUUAUAUGUCAUCGCGCUACUGGGUAACUGGACUAUUUUGGUGAUUAUAAAGCGAGAGGAGAGUCUCCACCAUCCCAUGUAUGUGCUGCUUGCCAUGCUAGCCAUGACGGACAUUGGUGUGUCCUUCACCACCCUUCCAACAGUCCUUGGUAUCUUCGUUUUUAAUUACCGCAAGAUCCCCCUGGACUCCUGCCUCACCCAAAUGUACUUCCUUCACACUUUUGCUGCAAUGGAGUCUGGCGUCCUGGUGGCCAUGGCAGUAGACAGGCUCGUCGCUAUCUGGGACCCCCUGAGGUAUUCUUCCAUCUUAACCAACUCAGUGCUGAAUAAGAUCAAACUGGCCAUAGUGCUACGGGGCCUUUGUGUGGUCUUCCCAAUCCCGUUCCUCACUAGAAGAUUUCCUUUCAGCAAGAGCCGUGUCCUUUCCCAUUCUUAUUGUCUCCACCAAGACGUCAUCAGGCUGGCUGGCGCAGAUACGACAAUAAACAGCGUCUACGGCCUGGUGGCUGUCCUUAUGACCAAGGGCUUUGACUCUAUGUUCAUCAUUAUCUCCUACGUAAUGAUUCUUAAGGCCGUUCUGAGCAUCAGAGCGAAUGAAGCUCAGCUGAAGGCCUUCAGCACCUGCAUCUGCCAUAUUUGUGCCGUCCUCUUGUUCUAUAUCCCCCUCAUUGGACUGUCGGUGGUCCACAGAUUUGGGAAGAAUACCUCUCACCUCCUGCCUAUCCUGAUGGCAGAUGUAUAUCUUCUGGUUCCUCCUAUGAUCAAUCCGAUCAUCUACAGCAUGAAAACCAAGCAGAUCCGUCAAAAGAUCAUCAAAGUCUUCACUCGUAACAAGAUUGGGACCCCGGAUAAUAAUAUCGCUGUCCUAAAAGUAUAAGAUCCCUCUUUAUGAUGUGUUUAUCAAUGCAUACACUUCUCAUAUACAGCAAGGAAUCC